GAAUCAACCUAGGAACCAAAAGAAAAAUCGACACGAGGUCGGAGGCAAAGAAAGGGCCUUCCGGGUCACAAGGUCAAGAUAAGCUACCCUAUUGCUAAUCCGACCUACAAAUCAAACAUGAAAACCACUAUUCAGAGCCAACAUAUGCAACAUUUUCUCAAUAAUAGCCCCAACAUUGUUGUCACGCUCAUCCUUGGCAUUAAUCUUGUCAAUGAGCACAUUAGCAUCGCUUCAAAUCGAACCUAUUUACAUACUCGAUUCAUAUCACAUUAUUUAGCACAUAAAUUUUAACUAGUCUGUAUCAACAACUACUAGCACAUAUCUUUCAAGCCAUAUACGUGACAUAUUUGCUCACAUACUCAAAGUCUUAAACAUUAUAUGAGGUGAUAUUUGUAAUUUUUAACAAACAUAUGAAUUAUCAACAAACCAACUCGUAAGGUAUAGAUGGAUUCGCUCAAUAGUCGGUAAUUGAGUUGGCUUGCUAGUCACAAAGUCGAGACAUCUCAUAAACUCAAAACGAGCCAGCUCAAGAUCAGUUUAGCUCAACAAGCCACCGAGUCGAGCUGUCUUGUUUGCUUCGCAAUACGAACACGACUUAGCUCAAACUCGACUCAUUGGUACGUAAACGAGUCAAGUUAUGAACGUAUUUUUUCUAACAAACGUUGAGUUGCUCGUGAACAACUCGACUCAUUUACAGCUGGGAAGGGAUAAGCGGAGCAGUGAACUAUUAAUCUGUUCUCUUUCCUUCGAUCCUCCUCCCUCUCUCGCACCAUUGCCUCUGUCUCUCGUCUGCUGCCUCUGUUAAGCUGAUUCCAUCAGAGAUAGAUCAAUUAAACGAAAAAGAAGACCAAACUGAGGAUGAGAUGGGUUUUUGUUUCUUGACAGCGCCAAAUAAAAAAAAAACAGAGCUCGGUUUGCCCGAGGCGAGAACCAAUGUUUGUCUUCCUUUCGCACCCAGACUGAACCGAGCUCCAUUCAAGUUCGGCCCUAUUGAGCAACGAAACUCGACUUCGUUUCGAACUAUAUAGCCGACAUGAAACGAAACUCGCAGUUCACUUAUGAUUGCGUGAUAUGAAAUGCUUAAUGCAUUCUUGGAAAAAUACUCUUUUAACUCUUGUCAUGAAUAUGUUCAAAACAAUAAUGCUUUAAAAAAAUUAACCAGCGUAACCAAUUAUUGGUGUGGUAGCUAGGUUGUUGCAAAUGCCAUAUUUGUACCGUACGUCACAUUCUCUAAACACCACGGGCAAAAUCAUGUGACUUGUAACCCCCCUCCUCCUUCCCCUUAUUUACUCCAUGCACUUCACCCCGCAUCAGUUUUCAAGCUCUAAAAACGACAACAAAAACAAAGUGUAUUUUUUCUCUGUGGCUUGGGAGGAAAAAAAUGGCUCCGGUGGGAGUUUUACCGGCAACCGGAGGGCCGACGAAGGACUUCGGCGGCAGGAUAACGAGCUCCGUCGUGGUCACCUGCGUCGUCGCCGCCUCCAGCGGCCUCAUUUUCGGCUACGACAUUGGGAUCUCAGGUGGCGUCACCACAAUGGAGCCAUUCCUCAAAAAAUUCUUCCCGUCAGUUCUCCGGCAGGCCGGAGCCGCAGAGACGAACAUCUAUUGCCAAUACGACAGCCAACUCCUGACGGCGUUCACUUCCUCGCUUUACAUUGCCGGACUCGUCGCUUCACUCGUCGCCAGCCGCGUCACCGCCGCCCUCGGCCGCAAGAACACGAUGGUGCUCGGCGGCCUCACUUUCCUCGCCGGCGGCAACAUCAACGGCGGCGCCGUCAACGUCGCCAUGCUCAUCAUCGGCCGCAUCUUGCUCGGUUUCGGAGUCGGCUUCACUAACCAAGCGGCGCCGCUCUACCUGUCGGAGGUGGCUCCGGCGAAGUGGCGAGGAGCAUUCAACACAGGGUUCCAAUUCUUCAUCGGCAUCGGCGUCGUGGCGUCCAACUUCCUCAAUUUCUUCCUGUCGAAGCAUCCGUGGGGCUGGCGUCUCUCCCUGGGCCUCGCCGUCGUCCCCGCCGCCAUCAUGACGCUCGGCGCCGCCCUCAUCUCCGACACGCCCAGCAGCCUGGUGGAGCGCGGCAGGCUGCGCGACGCCAAGCAAUCCCUAAUUCGAAUCCGCGGGGCCGGCGCCGACGUGGAGGGCGAGCUCGACGACCUGGUCAAUUCCGUCGGCGCGGCGAAGGCGGCAGAUCGGGAGCCGUUCGUGACGAUACUGGAGCGGCGGCACCGGCCACAAUUGGUGAUGGCGGUGGCGAUCCCGUUUUUUCAGCAGGUGACGGGGAUCAAUAUAAUUGCGUUUUAUGCUCCGGUUCUGUUUCAGUCGAUCGGAUUUGGGAAGGACUCGGCGCUGAUGUCGUCGACGAUUCUGGGGGUUGUGAAUUUGGGGGCGAUUCUGGUUUCCACGGCGGUGGUGGAUCGGUACGGGCGGAGGUUCUUGUUCGUGGCUGGCGGGCUCCAGAUGCUCGUUUGUAAGCUAGCGGUGGCCGCCGUGCUGGUCGCCGGCACCGGAGCUUCAGGGACGGAGCACAUCAGCAAAGAACUGGCCGUCGCCGUGCUGAUCCUUCUCUGCACCUACGGCGCCGGAUUCGGGUGGUCGUGGGGCCCGCUCAGCUGGCUGAUCCCCAGCGAGAUUUUCCCGAUCAAGAUCAGGACGACAGGGCAGGGGAUAAGCCAGGCAGUGAACUUCGCCACCACUUUUGCGCUGUCGCAGAGCUUCCUGGCAAUGCUCUGCCAUCUCAAGUACGGAGCUUUCCUGUUCUACGCCGGUUGGAUCGCGACGAUGACGCUCUUCGUCGUGCUGUUCUUGCCGGAGACGAAGGGGAUCCCGCUCGAUUCGAUGCAGGGGAUAUGGGAGCAGCACUGGUACUGGCGCCGGUUUGUUUCGACGACGGUGUCCGCCUGAGUACUCUAUACUGUUUGUGUAUCAGGUUGCAACAAGCCUGAAGGCUAAUUUUACAAAAACUGACACAAAAUGCAGCAAAGCAAGUUACUGAAAUGAACUUCUGUUCUUUUCUAUAGAAAUGGGAAGUGAUUUCAGGAAGAAAUGUGUUGAGGAAUAACAAAUGUACACCAUACCU